AUUUAAGUUUGCUUCUUAGGCUGAGAAGCUUAGCUGGGAAUCUGCGUCUAUUUUCGACUUCAUUGAUGUGGAGUGAAUUGCGUUUUAGCAACAGGUAACAACGUACUGACGCACUGAGAUUGCAACUGCUUGAUUUUUAUGAAUCUCAAUUGAACACAAGAUACAGCUAACCUCCAACGUACCGCGGCCGCCAAACCUUAGCCCUACCACCCCACCUUAAGUGCAGUUGUCAGUCACCAUCGCUUCACCGCUGCCAUUGUCAUUAGUGAUGUGGCAGUGGGAACUUGUGCAGUCGAAUUUGGGUGUAUCGGGUGAUGUUGUUGAGCACCCAAUGGCGUGUUUCAUAUAUGAAUACGCUUUCCAGCCGAUGAUACCUGCUACCUCCAAUGUUAACUUACUAAAUUUACUCGGUGGGAAUGCAAGCGAACAGGGCGGCACAAUGGGGCCAAGUGACAAUUACAGGAGAUAUGAAGUUCACUCAAAAGAUCGUAAUUUACUGCCUAUAUACGGAGUUGAGCUGCUCAUGAGCUACCGUGAUCACCGCAACCCUCUUAAAAAAAACGGCGUUUCGGAGGAGGGGCGAUAUCAACAAUAAAUAAUAACAUUUUUUUAAAUAAAAACACCAAAAUGUAUUCUUCGAGAGUUACCCUUCAGUAUGAUAUUAUAUAUGCCUCAUUUGAAUAAAAGUUCUAAAACAUAUUUAAAAAAAACUAUGACAAUCGUCCAU